UUUGCACACAGAUGAAAGUUCACGUCAAUAGAUUACAGCUUUUUCCUCCUGAUGUUUAAGUCGUGAAUAUGUUGUGAUCUCUUUCUGUUAUUUCGUUUUUGUUCAGGGAAAGAAACAACAAUGAAUAAGUCACUAGCUUUCUUAAUCUUAGCUGUUCUGCUGUUUAAAGAGGUGGAAAGCGUCAGCCUAAAAGAAGAUUAUGAAAUGGCAGAUAAACUCUUCACGUUGGGAGCUGAAGCAUUUUGAAAAACUUGGACAAUUUAAAAGGGGCUGCAGAAGCGGUUCUGAAAGAAAAAAAGUUCAAAAAAACAGGCACUGAUAUGCAAGACUUGUGGAUUUCCGUGAAGGAGAUGAUCGAGAAGAUUAGUGCUGAGCAAAGAGCUGCGGGACACGAUCCGUUCAUCGUGUCGCUGCACAUUUUUCAAAGACUGGGCAGCCUUUGCGGUGACGGUCUGAAUCGACUGAUAAACACGUUCCCUAGGAACAGAGACACUGUGCAAGAAAUUGGCAUGUAUAAAGGAAUAUUCAAAAACGAGACAUUGGUGGACCUCUGGAAAUAUGUGGAGUCCCGCUACCUUCCAGGAGCUCCACCGAUCUACAGCCAUCCCUUGGGCUUCUUCGCCCACCUUCUGUCCAAAGUGGUGGCACAGCCCCAAGUGGUUGAGGUCCUAAAAGUUGUGGCCGAGGUUGGGAAGACAGACAUCAGUCAACUUUUUGACGAUGUACAAACGGCAGUGGACAUGCUCAGAGAGAAGAUCAUGGAAAUUUCCUCCAUAGAGAAGGAGAGCGAGAAGGAUGAGUUUCUAAUAACAUUGAGAACUGCAUCCGGAGUUCUUGCAUUUUACUGGGAUAAACUACUGGAUUACACUGAGAGCCAGCCAUUCCACAACAAAUAUUUAACUGCUGUAAAGAGAUGGAAAGAGCUGAGAGUGUUGAAAGAUACAGAAAAAUAUCACACGUUUAUUAGCCCAGAGACAGGACUUCAAGCCUGGACUUGGGCGGACGAGCGGUUUGGUGAUUUGUUUGACAAUGCUGCCCUAGAAUAUGAUCGGUGGGGUAAUGGGGUUUUUGGAGAUGAGAGAUUCAAUCAAUCUAACUGGGCCAUUGUGAAGAUGGCGACAGUAUACCCUCUUCCAUUUUAUGAAAGAUUGUCUGAAAAUGGCCUUGGGAUGUCUGAAGUUAAUGAUUUUUUUAUUGACACUGAAGACACUCUCACUGAAUUAGUAGGCAAGGACAUCUUGUCCAAUUUAAAGGGUGCGCUUUAUGAAAUGUGGAAUAUUAUUAGUAAUGAAAUUUUUCAUGUCUCCAUAAACAAGAAAAACCAAAUUACAUCAAAUGUGAAAUAUGAGGACCAACUGCAACAUUUACGCAAAAUUAAAGCAACAUGCUUUGAUAUUUGGGACAGAGUUUUCAUUGAGAUCAACAGAAAUAUUAACAACGACGGACUUGAACAAUCGUCAAGGCACUGGGAUGAAGUGCAGAGCAUUUUUAUGAAAGAGUUAACUGACAGUGGACAGCUAACUCAGAAGAAGCUUGAGGAAGCACAAAAAACCUUUAACAGUUUCACACAAAUGGUCUUGGACAAGUAUGUAAAAACGAUUGAUGGUCUGGAGGAAAGGAUCAGAGCUUCCACAGAAACUCUUAGCAAAUUGAUGCUGAAGACGUUUUCUGCUACAAAUAAUGUCCUGGUUAAUACUCUGCCCUUUCUGCUCUCUGAUUAAUUUUAAGAUAAAAACUGUAUUCAGUUCUAAAUUCUUUUGUCAUUCUGUGACCCAUGAAUAAUCCUUGUACUUCUCCUUCUUCUCUUUCUCCUAUAUUUGCUGAAGUUGUUUGAUUGGAAUGCUAAUAGUGAUGGCCCUUUCUUACUUUUGUUAAAUUCUACACGGUUUAUGCAGUUAUGUGGAAAUCACUUGUGAUAAACUCUGAGCCGUUAGCUUCGUGAUAUCAUUGUGAGGAAGUUUUCUGUACCCUUACCCUUCUUUAAAAAUGCUCACCUUCAGGCCAUGCAUCAUGUAGAUGAGUUUCUUCAUUUAGCAUACAACACUUUCUCACCUACAGUUCCUCUGAAGUGAAUGGGUGCCGUCGGAAUUAGAGUGCAAACAGCUGAUAAAUCAUCACAAUAAUCCACACCACUCCAGUCCAACAAUUAAUGUCUUGUGAAGUGAGAAAUAAAUCCAUCACUAAGGCUUGCCAAAA